AACCGAGAGUAGAGAUAUCUGUUCUCGCUCAAAGCCUUCUGAGAAAAUCGUUUCCUUCGGUUCUCGCCCUCGACAGCUGAAAAUGCUAUUUCUGGUGUUGAUUUCUCUCAUCCUCGCUGCAAUCCUUGCUCUCUUUGCCAGAUUCGCUACUGCAGAGGGGGAUUUUACUCUGUUAUCGAAAGGGCAUGCGAAGCGGGAAGAAGUCGACGAUAAGGUUGUUUGGAUUACAGGGGCCAGCCGUGGAAUUGGGGAAAUUCUUGCAAAACAGUUUGCAAGACUAGGAGCUAAGCUGAUCCUUUCUGCACGCAAUGAAGCCGAAUUGGAGCGAGUCAAAGCAGAACUUGUUGGGAAACAUGCACCUGGAGAAGUAAAAGUUUUACCUCUGGAUUUGGCAUCUGGUGAAGAUUCUCUCCUUCAAGCCGUGGAGAAAGCGGAGUCCUUCUUUCCUGAUGCUGGUGUUGAAUAUAUGGUCCACAAUGCAGCCUAUGAACGCCCUAAGUCAACGGCUUUGGACGUUACUGAGGAAGCUCUUCGGGCUACAUUCAAUAUAAAUGUCCUGGGGACAAUAACUCUCACUCGGCUCCUUGCACCUUUCAUGUUGAAAAGGGGGAGGGGUCAUUUUGUUGUGAUGAGCAGUGCUGCAGGGAAGACACCUGCACCAGGUCAGGCCGUGUAUUCUGCUUCUAAGUAUGCUAUAAAUGGAUACUUCCAUACUUUGCGUUCGGAGUUGUUUCAGAAAGGGAUUAGGGUCACUGUUGUUUGUCCUGGACCAAUAGAAACAUCAAACGGUUCUGGAGAGAGCUCAUCACAACAGAGAGGGAAACGUGUGACAUCGGAAAGGUGUGCAGAACUAACUAUCGUAGCAGCAACGCAUGGGCUAAAGGAAGUUUGGAUAUCGAAUCAGCCUGUUCUUGCCGUCAUGUACCUGGUGCAAUACAUGCCAACCAUUGGCUAUUGGCUUAUGGACAAGUUUGGCGGGAAUCGAGUAGAAGCUGCAGCACAGAAGAGCAACACAUAUGCAUGGAGCUUACUCUUUGGCCACAAGAAGAAAGCAACCUGAAUCUCUGUGCUUGCUGACUAUCACAAUAUUUCCUGCAGUUUUUUCUUUCGUUAAAGGCCUUGCAUCUUAAGUUGAAAUACAGUUGAUGAUCUUCCACUCCCAGAUGGGUCCAAAUAAAAGUUCCUGAUAUAAAUGUUAUGGCUUUGAUUGGUGCCAGGUCCUAAAACAUGUAGAAAUUCAGAAGAUUUGGAAAAAUGACCAAUCCCAAAUCAACACCUUCGAUGACCUAUGCCAAAACCAUCCAUCCAUUCAUCCUCAAAACCAUCAACACCUUUGACGACCUAUGCCAAACGACCAAAGAAGAGGAAACUAGUCUCGUUUCAAGGCAUUUUAAUGAGGUUGUGCUGACAUUUACUGCCUAUAUACAAGAAAGAAGUUGAAAAUAGACAUCAUUGAUUCCAUGCAGAUCCCUAUAAAAUGACAGUUGUAUGUUUUUCCUUUUUCUUUUUCUUUUUUCCUAUGUUUAUUCUAAUGCAUUUGGAUGUUGUUAUCACUGUUGUUUUACCUGAAAUUAGUGGCCACGGUCUUGUUUGGAAACACACAAAAGAAAAGAAAAUGUGGGAAAUGAUAAUGAUUUUCAGUU